CGUGCUGCGCGCAGCCCAAGUUCAACCCGGGCUUCUCGUCUCCAACGCACACGCCUCCUUUCCCCUCCUCGGCUGGGCGGCGCUCGCUUUCCCCCCCUGUUGUCCGCUGGCGGCUCGCCCCAAGCUGACACACGCCGAGCAGAUGUGAGCGAGCCUGGCUGGAGACCCGCUGCAGCCGCUCCACAGCCAGCUCGUUAGCAACCCUGUCCCGCCGCUCCGCCCCGCCAGGUCCCAGCGGGAGAAAUAUGUGGCAGCCGGCAACGGAGAGACUGCAGCAUUUUCAGACCAUGCUGAAGACUAAGCUAAAUGUCUUAACUCUUCGGAAGGAACCUCUUCCCACUGUAAUCUUCCAUGAGCCAGAAGCCAUUGAGUUGUGUACCACAACUCCAUUAAUGAAGACUCGGACACAUGCAGGAUGCAAGGUUACAUAUUUGGGGAAAGUUUCUACAACAGGGAUGCAAUUCUUGUCCGGUUGCACAGAAAAGCCAGUAAUUGAAUUGUGGAAGAAGCACACUCUUGCUAGAGAGGACAUCUUCCCAGCUAAUGCCCUCCUAGAAAUCCGCCCUUUCCAAGUUUGGCUUCAUCAUCUAGACCUCAAAGGAGAGGCCACUGUCCGCAUGGAUACCUUCCAGGUUGCUCGUAUUGCUUACUGCACUGCUGAUCACCAUGUGAGCCCAAACAUUUUUGCUUGGGUUUAUCGGGAGAUCAAUGAUGAUUUGUCCUAUCAGAUGGACUGUCAUGCUGUAGAAUGUGAGAGCAAGUUAGAGGCCAAGAAGUUAGCUCAUGCCAUGAUGGAGGCUUUUAAGAAAACUUUCCAUAGCAUGAAGAGUGAUGGCCGGAUCCACAGGAAUAGCUCCUCUGAAGAAAUGUCUCAAGAAUUAGAAUCUGAUGAUGGCUGAACUUAAUUUUUUUGAUGAUUAAGCAAAAGCAAAAAUGGCCCUGGGAACAGAAACAUAUAGAUGAUGAAUAAACAACCAUUCGGUUUGGGAAUGAUGGAAUUCCCAAUAUUUGACUAAUCACCUUUUCAUUUUUUUUUUUAAAAAAGCAAUUCAGAAAAUUUCCUGAAAAUAUGCUUCUUUAUUAUGAUUACAUAACAUUGAAAUCUGCUGCUGUUUUUUUUUUAAUGUGAUAAGCUUCUUGUUUAGUCAUUUGUCCAUUUCAUCUUCCAAACUUAUUUUAAGCCUUAUAAUUCAAAUUCUUGUCUUGCUGUUUGUAAAUUAUUUCAAUUUCCUUGUUGAAAUUCACUGAGCAGAUUUAACAAUGAGAUCUUUCAAAGUUUGUUGUUAAUAUGUGUUAUGGUAGUAAAUAGGAACAUCUUCUACAGAGAGAGAGAAUACAAUUUAAGGACCUACUGCUAUCUUUUUACCAUUUCCCAGACUGAAAUUUCUACCUGCAGUUUGACAGCCUAACAAUUAAUCCACAUUUCACAGUUUGAAUAUUGAAAGAUGCUUACAUUUACACAUUAUAAUCAUAUGCUAUAUUUUAUUUUAUUCAUUUAAUCUUUUAAAAUGUACUUUCAGUCACAUAUUUCCCCUUUAGCCCCAUUGUUUUAAAAGAUGAACUGCAGGGAUGCCAAGUGAAUGGUGGGACACCUGAAUGUAAACUCCCUCUCUUUGAUACCUUCUUCAAAAAUCAGACCACUGCCUAAGGAUGAACGUCCUGGAUACUAGUUGGAUACUAAUGCAUACUCUCCCUUGGUCCUGGCACAAAUUAGUUUCACAGCAGAAUUGCCACAAACUGAAUCCAUAUUAGCUUAUUUACCUGUGCUCCAGGGUCCAGUUUAAGCUACCAUAUUAAUCAUAGGGCAUCUGAUAAUGAGAAGUAUAGGAUCCUUUAAGAUCAGGUUUGACAGCAGAAAGUUUAUUGAGAUUCAGAACAUCCUAUUAAUGUUUCCAGAUGAAAGGGUUCAUAGAUAUUUUUUUUAAUGUUUAAAGACAAAGUGCUGAUUACUAAUACAUAGGUAAUGCUGCACUUCAUACAAUCUUGUUCAUAAAUUGUGGUAAGGUUAGGGGCACUGGGCACCUUACAGACGCCUUAAAAGAAAGCAAAUCAGAGCAGAAAGCUAUGGAAGUCUCUUUCAUUGUGUCUAAAUAUGCACCUGUGUGUAUGUGUGUAUGUGUGUGUGUGUGCGAUCACUAUUAGAACAUAUAGAUUGAUCAUGGGAACAUACUGAGGAGGAGUUGCACCUUUAAUAAAUAUGCUUAUUGCUUUCCAAUGUAUGUAAACUAUUCUGCAGCUUAAAGGCAUUCAUACUUUAAUAAAAAAAGUUGGAAUUAAAAAUUAAUAAUUUC